AUGAAUGGCGAUGCGGGUCUUGUCGGCUGCUUAGUCGAAAGGCUCACCACCAGACUCCCGCAUCGUACUGGCAGCCAAGCCGAAGACUUCCGUCAAGACGAAAUCAUCGUCAUUACGCGCACCUCGUUGCUCAAGAUUAGCGCCACGUCAAUAGCACUGGUGCUCGAUUCGCUGAUAACAUUACUGGAGGAACUCAUUCGUCCGUACAAAUCCUUGGAAGCUCAACCAAACCAUAUAUUCGCUUCUGGAACCUACGUGUACGGUCUGAUUGGCGACUGCUGCACUGCUGCCUGGCAACAUCAACGAGAAAAGGUUGCCAAUGGCGCUGGAGGUGUCGAGAAUGGGCAGCCGGCACCGGGGCUCGUCAUGCCGGAGCCUCUCGAUGGGCUACUCGUGGGAAGAUUGACAGAGCUCAACAAAUUAAUGUUGGCUCCAGUGCCGGACAAUUUUGUUUUGCCUUCAGUCACGUUGUUGGACGAGUACACUUUGCGCAACUUCCUUGACCCAGGCAAGUUCGAGGAGUUCGGACUGCGCAUGGCGACCAAUGUGCCUGGAUUAAACCCUGCAACACUCAAGGUCCAACGUUGGGUACAAGUUGAACCUUAUGCUAAAGUUAUUGUCGAGUAUUGUAGCGCAAGCAAUUGGAACGCUGCGUUCGAGUAUCUCAGGACAACUGUUUUUGGCAUUCGCACCGCCGCUCACGUUCAUGGCGGUGUACCACAGCCAACAACCCUGGCAGAAGAGGAAAAGUACUCUCUCACCUUGUUACGCUUGAUGAGCUACUUAUGGGUUGAUGGCCAGAAAAUGGGACUUGUAAUCCAAGAACUAUGCUCUAGCUUUCUCCAUUUCAAAAAGUCAUUCCAGAACACGGUCGCUGUUGCGUUGCCCAUGUUGAUCCGGAGAUGGAUUGACCGUGUCCCAGGAGAAUUUGUUCGGCUGCACCAACAGCACAGAAGACUUGAUGGCGGUGCCGAUACCCUUUUUGACAUGGCUCAGACUGCCGUGGACAACAAUCAAAGGCGAGCUAUAUUAUCCCCCAUGCAGAUGAGUCUUCUAUUCCUUACCCCUGAAGUCUUCGAGGUGGCCAGUGGCUUGCGUGAGUCCAAGACUGGUGGCAUAAACAAGAAAAUGCAAUACCUGGACGGCCUAAGGAAAGGCUUGAAGAACAAGAAUGAGUCGGCAGCAUAUUGCGUGCUCCAACUACUGCGAGUUGUGCGACAUUUCGACAUCUCGAGUGAAACGGCAAUCAUCAGUUAUGCCAUGGAUAUUCAAGACGAAGUCCGUGACGCAGUGUUCCGUCGCACUGUAGCUGGUGAGGCUGGAUUAUUCGAUCAGGACAUCACUACGGCGGCUUUUAAUUUCCUGACUCACUUGAAUCUCGAAGACACCGUCGAGUCUCUAGCACAAGUCUGUCUACAUCCAUCCUCACCAAUGACUUUUAAGAUUGCCAUCAUACAAACUUGUGCAUUCUUUGUCAGAGAAACAAAUUCCGAGCGUUAUCGCCCAUUGUUCCUAGAAACCAUUGGCUUCAUUCAGACACAGUUGAAGGCUCUAUUCUCCGUGCAGUCCGAUCUAGCUAGCCGCAACCAUACUACAAAGCGGAAGGCAUCGGAAGCCAGUAUUGCGAAUGCUACCUUGCUACGCAACAUACUGAGCUUCCUCGAACCGUCGCCAGAGUCCUUAUGGGAGAACCCACCUUCAGAAAACCCUGAAGAGUUCUACGAAGAUAUCUUUUCGGGGUUGGUUUCCUGCAUGGUGUCGCCAGAUGAGCAGACCAGGGCUCUCGCUGGUAAGGUGGCCAAAAAUCUAUUUGCGCAGGACGGUGUUCUGGCUCGCCUACGACAAACCAAGCGUCUGGAUCAAGACGAUCUCCGUCACGACUUCUGGCGCAUGACCUCCUCUGUCCUGAACAGUAUCAUUGACAGCCAGGCCCAAAAUGGUGACCAAACUACGCUACAAUCAAUCCACAGCUAUUUGGAAUCUACGUUCGUACUACUCGAGUCCAUAAAGGAGCUUACUGAUCCUCCCCGAGAGAUUCCCGAGCGUACGGCGACAGCUACAAAAAUGGAGACUUUGUUCUUGGUAUCAUUGUGUUCUCCAGACAUCGAAACCUGCCAGCUGGUUACAUCAUGCAUUUCCUUGUUCCAGCAGGAAUGCGCAAUGAUCGAUGUAUCCGAUUCUAUCAAGGCCGGUAGCGCUUUGCUCCGCAACAGUGACGUUUUCGAGGAAAUAGGCUCUCGCGCGUUCAGAUUCACCGGUGUUGUGGCGUUCCAAAAGCGAAUCCGCAGCCUCUUGCGGCGCAUGCAGUUUCCCAGUGCCGGCAUUUUAAAUGCUUGGGAAUUGGCCUUCGAUCGAUGGCUCCAUCUGUCCAAAGACGUCUCGACGACCCCGGUCGAUGCUGUUGAUGAUAGAACCCUAUCCGAGUGGCGCAAUUACACUGGAUUCCUGGCUUCGCUAGGAGGCAUUUGCACGGCUGACCAGGCCUAUGUUCUGGAAGAGCCUGCCAUCAGCGGUUUGAAAUGGAUUGAUCGUCUGUCCUCCGAAAAUUUCGAAGAGCCUCUUCUCAACCGGUACUUGCGUCAAAGUGUCCAGCUACUUGCAUGCGCCAACGUCCGAGUCAGAGAAACGAUGAGAGAUGUGCUGUCGACGGAAAUUGCUCCCAAUCUCUACCAUCCCCUGUUUAAGGCACUGGAGUCCGAGCUCGAGGUUUUGUUCACAGGCGCCCUUGAAACCACAGGCAAGAACUCGGAUUCUGAGAUCAUCUUCGCUGAGCAAGCCGCUUCUUUGUUGAAAGCUCUCGUUGAGCGCCUGCAUUCGCCGUCGGACCUUGGGGCGGCUUCCACAGUGCACCUAGGUGCUCUGGCACUCAAUUUUGCCAAAUUUCUGGAGGCUGGCGUUGACAACAUGAGUUGUCUGAGAGUGAAAAUCAAGGUUUGCCAACUCUGCGAAGUUCUCACCAAGAAAAAGGAGCAUUUGAAUCUAAGAGACGACGUGCGCAUACGCAAUCAACUUUUGGAAUUCAUUUUUGGCUGGAUCGCACGGCCGAGGUCACCUCGUGGAGAUGGCGGAUAUGGCCAAAGUCGAUUGGAUGAAGUCUAUCGUGUCCAGAAAGAUCUCGACAAAGCAUGUCUUCGUUCACUUGCCGAAUUGACCUUUAGGCUGCCACUGCAACCAGGCGAAGGUCACAAUGAUGCAGGCACCAGUGAGCUCAAGUCCCAAAUGUUCCACACCUAUUUUAAUCGCUUCUUAUCGCUGCUCAACUACGAGUCGCAAGAGGGCUUCAGGAGCGAUCAUCUGGUGCCUCCUGCGACACGGGAUGAUAACACAUCGGCCUCGGACCUCGCCAUCACCAUCCUCUCAAACUUACUGAGUGCCAAUAUCGAUGUAGGCCUGAAGCAUUCCCUGAGUAUCGGCUACCACGACAACAUCGAAAUCCGAACUGCAUUCCUCAAAGUGCUUUUCAAUAUCUUGGUUCAAGGCACAGAGUUCAGUAAUCUCUCAGAUGCUGCUGUCAACGAGAAAUACGACGAGCUUUUGUCGCUGCUGACGCAUGAUACGCAGCUUGCGGUUGCUAUAGCCACGGUCUGCCCAAGUAACGAGGUCGACGAACUCACCAUCUCCUUGCUCAACAUCUUUGAAUCCCGUGGUAGGGCUUUCGACCUUAUGGAAGGGUUGAUCAAGCAGGAAAUCGAAGAGACCGAAAAUGAGUCUGAGAUACUGCGUCGUAACUGUGUCGCAACAAAAGUUCUGUCCAUAUACGCUAAAUGGAAAGGCGCCCAAUAUCUUCGUGAUACGCUUCAGAAAGUCGUGGAGCGAUUGAUGCUGACAUCCCAUGAUCUCGAUCUCGAACUCGAUCCGGCCAGAGGCAUCCAAUCGCCGGAAGAUAUUCAAAAGAAUGCUCUCCAGCUCAAGGUUGUAACAAAGGUCUUCAUCGAUGACAUAGUCACCUCUGCCAACAUGAUCCCAGCGUCAUUCAAGAAGAUUUGCAGUAUCAUCUCCGAAGCAGUAUUGGAGAGGUUUCCAGAAGCCAAAUACACGGCUGUUGGUGCAUUCAUUUUCCUGCGCUUUUUCUGUCCCGCCAUCGUUGCCCCCGAAGUUGAGGGACUGGUCAGUACACCUCCCUCUAAGGAGAUGCGGCGCGGUCUACUCUUGAUUGCAAAGGUCGUCCAAAACUUGGCCAACAAUGUUCUUUUUGGUGCAAAAGAACCAUACAUGUUCCCUUUGAAUGAAUUCCUCACGGAGAACAUCUACUAUGUCACCACAUUUCUCCGUCAAAUAUCUGUAACACCGGAUCCCACCGAAAUCCGCCAGCCAGAUCCAGAGACCUUCGAUUUUGGCUCUUGUGUUGCACUGCAUAGGUUCUUGUAUGAUCACUGGGAUCAAGUACGCCAGAAGCUCAUGUCACAAGAGAGGAGAGAAUAUGUUCGUUCCCCAGCAGAGAUGCCACGUGGUCGAUCUCCCGUCCUGGAACCACUCAGAUCUCUCAUUACAAAUCUGGGACCACCGCCGCUGGCAGUUACAUGGAACAGACCUCAGAUAUCUUCGAAUAACCCGCCGGCCUACUCUAGAUUUCAACAGUUCAUGUUACGCAAUGCCUUCCGUGGCACAGAAUCAUUCAUGACAUCCCGUGCCGUGUACGAUGGCGGUGAAAGCAAGGAUGGAUUGUCUAUUAUCUGUAUUAUUCUUCGCCAUAUCGACUCAGACUCUAUAGACUUUGAUACCCUGCUUUACUGCUACUUGAAGAUUGCCAGUCGUCUAUGGCACAGGCCUUUCGGCAUUCUCAUCGAUGCCACUUGCUACAAUGGCCAAAACGAGCCUCCGGAUGAUUUCUUCAAGAAACUCGAUCUGCUGUGCCCUUCAGAGCUCUCCCAGCAGCUGUCAAGAGUCUAUGUGUACAACAUGAAUAGCGCAUUCCGAAAAUGUCUUCGACGUGUGCUUCGUGUUGCAACCAAGAACGACACCAGCGUCUUCAAUCCCGGCAACGUUGACUACCAUUUGAUUGGAAGUCUGCAAGAUCUUCAAGCUCAUUUCCACCUGAGCCAACUUCAUCUGCCAAAGGAGACUAUCAGCGUAGUGACUGAUACGAGAUACGUUUUCCAGCCAAUCACCAGGCUGUCCAAAACGCGAGGCAAAAUUGAGGUUACCAUUAAAGUCGGCAGUCAAUUUGUCCAGGUCACCACUGUCAGGAAACAAGAGGUACACCCAGGCUUCCGCCUCAAUGCAACCGUGAACGAUAUUUUCCGACUUGGUGAAGUUGAAGAAGCGCCAACCUCAAUUCCAACGGAAGAUGAUUCCGCUUUCGGGUUACGCGCAGAUAAUGGCAAAAUCGUCAUGUACUUUCAAAGUGCAAAGAAGACAGAUGUCCUUCAGGCAGUUCGAGGUGCUAAAGCAAAGUAUGGCAAGGAUACCAGAACACAAAAGUCGUUUGAGCGACUCAUCCGGCCCCAAGAUGUUCCAGGUACUUUGUUGAACCUCGCUCUUGCGAAUCUUGCUGCGCCGGACUCGAUACUUCGACUUGCUUCUUACAAUCUUCUUGGGGCGCUUUGCCGAGCCUUCAAGUUCAAGGCUGCCUCAAAGUUCAUGUUGAUUCGAGAUAUUUCGGUACCUCUGGACCCCACACAGUUUAUUGUGAACAUAAGCAAGCACCUUGCAGAUGAAGAGCCACAGCUUACAGCUGAUUUCUUGAACGAAUUCUUUGGCGGCUGGGAGAGCAUCUCUGAUGAGCAGAAGCCACUCAGCCUGGCCUACAUGGCGCCAUGGCUACCGGGCCUUCGUACCGCUCUACUCGGUGAUGAAACAGACAGCGAAAAGUCCAAGGAGAAGAUUGCUCUAAUUUUCCGCAAGAUCAUUGAUGUCGCCAUCACAGAUCCAACUUUGAAUCUUACCCUUGAGCUCACAGUAUGGCCUGCCAUUUACAAAGACGAAACGCUCUUGGACAUAUUCCUCGAGGAAAUUCUAAAAGCUGCCCUGAGCUUAGGCCUUUACGACGAACACACACAGUCCCUAACCACCAUCAUUACAGCUAUGGGCACCAUCACGCUUCGGGGCAAGAUCAUCUCUCGUCUGAGGAAGUCACUCAAUCGGUCUUCCCAGCGGCCGACCAAGUCCCUGCCCGACAACGCUGUUUGGCCAGAGAUUUGUGUCUUGCUCCAGUUCUGCCUGUCGCUUUCGUUCGAUUGUGGCGUACAGUCUCAGCUGUUCCUGCCUGAAAUUUUCCAUGUCGUCACCAUGCUGGCAAAUACCGGACCCACGGAUAUUCGAGGGCUCGUCCACCGGCUCCUCAUCAAUACGAUACACGCGGCUUGUACCUCGUUCAAGCUUGAUGACACGAAGCUUGCCAGGCUCCGCAGCAGUCUCGAAACACUGUCAGAACCCAGAAACGACAUCUUCUCGCCCCCACCCGCGUUUGUCCGUGAUGGUGCAUCUGUCUCGACUACUCAAGAAACUGGCCAAACUCUUGCCUCGACUGAACAUCUUGCUUCCCUUUUGUUCGAGAUUUGCUCUGUAGCAGCGCCAUCAGUCGACAUGGCUAACGCAUGGCGUUCAAGGUGGAUGAGUCUGGUUGCCAGCACCGCCUUCCAAAACAACCCAGCCAUCCAGCCUCGAGCCUUUACUGUCAUGGGCUGUCUCGCUCGAGAGGAAGUAGAUGAUGACCUGCUCUACCAAGUGCUCGUAGCUCUCCGCAACGCAGUCGGUCGCUUUGGUGAAGACAACCACAAUGAGAUGAUGGUUGCCAUUGUCACCUCACUUUCAAAGAUGAUGGGCAAGCUCAUGACGGCAUCUCGAUAUGGCCUACAGCUCUUCUGGCUUGCCAUAUCCCUACUCCGCCUUGUGCCAUCCAGCCUCUUCAAUUGCGCUGCCAACUUCCUCGAGGCGGUCCUUACCAAUAUCGGCACCGCUGGAGACUUGCGAAAUGACAAGAUGGCUCAAGUUCUUCUCCAAGGUAGAGUUCAGCUUGAAGAUGCUGCACUACCUCUGGAUGAUGUUUAUGGCAUACAUUUCACGCCCGAAUACUUUCAUCAUGCAGUCUGUGCCUGUCUGACUCGAGGCCUUACUGACACCAUGACCAAAGCAACUGCCCUAAGGGUUCUUUCUGCAUUUCUGGAGAUGACGACUACGAGUUCCUCAUUCGAUGCUGAGAAAUUACCGCGCGAGAUCAUCACUUCCCCCUAUCUCACCCUGAUACUAGCCAGGGCGGUGGAGCCAGACGAACUCAAAGAUGCCUUGUACUUGUCGGGUCUUCCAGCGUCCAGCAUGGCAAGUCUCGGACGGAUACGAAGCCUGCGUGACUUGGCUCCUCUCAAAGACAAGGAUUUGCUCUUGAAUACGGCCAUUGAGCUCGUCGAUUUCCAAUAUCUGGAGGACGGUGUGCAAAGCCGCACAAUUCUCUGGCUGAAUGAAUUGGCUACAGGCCGUCCAACAGUGGCUGUGCACUUAUGUUCGCCCAUUGCACAAGUUCUCGAUGAUAUACUACUGCACUGCCAGAACUCGUCAACACUGUCUUCUGCGCAUGACCUGUUUCAGACCAUGACAUCGAAUCCCAAGUUUGCAAGCGCUCUAGAGUCCGCCGGCGUGCUCAACGAAAUACUUGAAGACAUGGGCUUCGGGGGUCUAUGGCGGUCCUGCUCAUUCAGCCAAACGCAGGAGCCAGAUAAGCAGUGCUUUGCUCUAACCGAAAAGCUCAUCGAGCUUAUUAUCAUCUAA